AUGGAGUCAACGUCCUAUAGUUUAGAUUCACCAACUUAUAGCCCGCCGUCUUCGUCCUAUAGUUUAGACUCACCAACCUAUAGCCCUCCAACGUCCUAUAGCUUUGAUUCGCCGUCCUAUAGCCCAGCGUCAAGGUCCUAUAGUUUAGAUUCACCAACUUAUAGCCCGCUGUCUUCGUCUCAUAGUUUAGAUUCGCCGACCUACAGCCCGCUGUCAACGUCCUACAGUUUAGAUUCACCAACUUAUAGCCCGCUGUCUUCGUCUCAUAGUUUAGAUUCACCGUCCUAUAUCCCAGCGUCACUGUCCUCCUGCCCUCCGUCACCAUCCAAUAGCCCAACGUCACCACCUUAA